AUGCUUGAUAAAUAUGAUGCGCAUGAAAACCAUUGGUUGAAAUUGACUUUUGCGGUGAAAGAAAAAUGGGGAUGGCCUUAUGUUAGAUCAACAUGGGCUGCGGGAAUGAGUACCACACAACUUAGUGAAUCUUUUAAUGCUUUUUUGAAAGAUUACAUUCGUUCGGAUUUCAAAUUAAAUGAAUUCUUCAUGCAUUUCGAAAGGGUACUUUAUGAGAAACGAUACAAGGAGUUAGAAGCGGGCUAUGCUUUGUGCCAAAGGUUACCAAAGGUGAAAGCAACAAUAAGAAUGUUAAUUCAAAUGGGUAACGUCUACACAAAAAAGAUCUUUGAGGAAUUUCAAAAUGAGUACUUUCAAUCCAUUGAAUCAGACAUAGAAGCAAUUGAAUAUGGCGAAGCUAGUACCAUUUACACAGUUGUUGAUGUUGGUAACAAACAUGCAAGGAAAGUGAAGUUGGAGAGGGAUGGCUCUUUGGGUUGUAAUUGUACAAAGUUUGAAAGGGAAGGAAUCUUGUGUUCUCACUCAUUGAAGGUCAUUAGAGACAUAUUGAAGAUGAAAGAGGUUCCUCCACAAUACAUUCUGAAGAGGUGGACCAAACAAGCAAGAGCCGAAACUGCGCAGCACAUUAAGGAAAAUGACAUUCAAGUAGAUGUGAAAUUCCAACAAGCCUCGCAGUAUAAGACAUUGAUAACCGCAUUUAGAGCACUAGCAAGUAGAGCUGCUAAAACUGAAGAAACCUAUGAUUUGGCAAUUGCACAACUCACUACAUUAGGUGGAAAUGUUGAAUGCAAGUUAAGUGCUCAUUUUGCAAUUGAAAAUGAAGUACGUAAUGAGGAUGAACCCAAAGCGUUGAAGUGGAUUGCGAAGGUGACAAUCAUGUUGUGCAACCAAGAGGCUUGA